AGGCAGCAGUGCCAGAUGUCAGGCGCACAGAGAGUCAGACGCAACUCCCGCUUCUCGCUCCGUCUAUUCUCAACAUCUUUAUAUAAACACACGCAACUCGCGCUCCCCUCUCUUCUUUCAUUUCCUUCAACCCUCUCAUCAUUCCUCCUUCACACACAUCAACAAGAAAUGGAGACCUUCCUCUUUACAUCCGAAUCUGUCAAUGAGGGUCACCCCGACAAGCUCUGCGAUCAAGUCUCGGAUGCUAUUCUCGAUGCCUGCUUGGAACAGGACCCAGAGAGCAAAGUGGCAUGCGAGACGUGUACAAAAACCAAUAUGGUCAUGGUGUUUGGUGAAAUCACAACCAAGGCUAAGGUAGACUACGAGAAGAUUGUUCGAGACACAUGCAGAGGAAUUGGGUUUGUAUCAGCAGAUGUAGGCCUUGAUGCUGACAAGUGCAAGGUCCUUGUCAACAUUGAGGAACAAAGCCCCGAAAUUGCGCAAGGGGUUCACGGCCAUUUCACCAAGAAGCCUGAGGAAAUCGGAGCCGGUGACCAAGGCCACAUGUUUGGUUAUGCCACAGAUGAAACACCUGAGCUCAUGCCUUUAACUCAUGUCCUUUCUACUAAGCUUGGUGCCAAGCUCACUGAGGUCAGGAAGAACAAAACCGUCCCGUGGUUGAGGCCUGAUGGUAAGACCCAAGUGACUGUUGAGUACAGAAAUGAUAACGGAGCCAUGGUCCCUCUUCGGGUGCACACUAUCCUUAUCUCAACCCAACAUGAUGAGACUGUCACAAAUGAGCAGAUUGCUGCUGAUUUGAAGGAACAUGUGAUCAAACCUGUUGUCCCAGCCCAGUACAUUGAUGACAAAACCAUUUAUCACCUCAACCCUUCGGGACGUUUUGUCAUCGGAGGACCCCAUGGAGAUGCUGGCCUUACUGGUCGAAAGAUCAUUAUAGAUACCUAUGGUGGUUGGGGUGCACAUGGUGGUGGUGCUUUCUCGGGUAAGGAUCCUACCAAGGUGGACCGAAGUGGAGCAUACAUUGUAAGGCAGGCAGCAAAGAGUGUGGUGGCGUCUGGCCUUGCUCGCCGAUGCAUUGUUCAGGUUUCGUACGCAAUCGGUGUCCCUGAUCCACUAUCAGUGUUUGUGGAUACCUACAAAACAGGCAAAAUCCCAGACAAGGACAUACUGGCUCUUAUUAAGGAAAAUUUUGACUUCAGGCCAGGAAUGAUUGCACUCAACCUUGAUAUGAAAAGGGGAGGCAACUUCAGGUAUCUGAAGACUGCAGCUUAUGGACACUUUGGCCGCGAUGACCCAGAUUUCACUUGGGAAACCGUAAAGCACCUCAAGCCAAAUGCUUAAAACAGGGAGCUACUUUUGGCAGCCGGUUAUUAUCGUAGCCAUUAUUAAGUUUUGUUAGAGAAGAAUAAAGACGCUUCAUAGCAUACAUCUGAUCUACAUAUUAUCGCUCAAGUUAGAGUUGGACCUACGAGAUGUGUGCUCCAAAGUUGAGGUAAUAGCAAACUAGGAACCCUGUAUUACUUGUUCCAUCGUGUUUUUUCGCUUUGUCAAUUUUUGUACUUGCAUCCUUUCGCAUCACUCAGCCUCUUGAUUGUUGAGGAUUCUGGAAUGUGAUUGAUAGAUCAAUUUUCAAAUUUA